CUAAUAAGGCGGUAAAUUUAAAUAUUAUUAAUGUAAUUAAUUUUGCGUAUUUCACAACUUUACUUAACGAUUGCAGCAAAGUAUCCGUUGGUUCAAAGUCCAAAUUAAAAUUAUAAUUUAUCGCGUUGUACGUCAAAUUUUUGUAUUUUUAGGAAAAACGGUACACAUAUCUAUCGAUUUUGUUUGAUUAGUGUAUUUAGUGAUUUUUCAUAACAUAACCUAACUUUAUGGCGAUGUUUUCUAAUACUUCUAAUAAAAAACCAACAUAUUCUUGGGAAAAAACUUAUCAUUUCAUCAAAAACAAACAUGACGAAGCAUUUAAGGCUAUCGAUCAAGCGAUUUCUUUGGAAGAGCGCGAAAAACCGAAGGAAGCUAUUGAACAAUACAAAGAAGGUAUUAGAUUAGUUGACGAGGCAUUGAGUAUACAAGUCCAAUGUCCAGAAGAUCCAGAUAUAACAUGGGAAAAAGCAUGUGUAAUGAUACAAAAAAUUAAAAAAACAAGGGCCGAAGUCCUAACGCGAAUAAAUUGUAUUCAAGGCUCGUAUAACUUUGAAUCGGAUAUUUCCAUCGAAGAUCCUCCUUCAUACGACGAAGCUAUGGCCUCUUCAGAUGACGAAGGACCCAGAACUUAUAAAGAUUUAGCAACAGCUCUACAAGAACUGAGUGUAGAUCCCAAUCAAAACUUAAAAGAAGAAGUCGUUUAUGUUCAUGAUAAUGUUAGAGUGUAUUUCAUUUCGCCUAGCGCAGAAGUUUUGUCUACUUUGCAACCGGAAACUUUGAAAAUAUCUUUAGUGGAAGGUACAGAGCCCAAUGCUCCUAAAGCUAUUCUGCAAGUAGGGACAUGGGUUUAUCCAUUGGUGCCUGGUGUAUCUCCUUGUUAUAGAACAGACUAUGGAGCAUUCAUACUUCCUGAUCUGAAUGCUACAAUACCAGGUUCAUCAGUAGGAAUAAUUUUGCCUUCUGACGCUGACCAGGAAUUAUUUGAUUUGUUGGAAAAUAUACUGUAUGGCAUUAUCAGUGCAACUUCUGCUGAUGAAAUACAUCAAUGGAGGGAAAAAAGAUCUUUAGAACAACCAGAGGAUGUUAGUACAAGAAUCUCGAAUAAAAUUGUAGAUGGUGCGUUUUUUCUAUCUCGUGGAAUAGUGAGGGGAGCUGAAAAGGCGGGUGAAUACUUUAAUACAAAAACGCCGGUCUUGAUGACUAAAAUGCAACCGGCCUCGCAGCCGGCUCACGUUCCUCGACCGCUGGUCACGAGUAUGCAAGUUGCCGAGACAGCUACAAACAAGGCUGCUAAAGUAACCGGUUUUAUAGCGGAAAAAGUCGGCAUAGCGACAGUCCGUUUGGGACAGUACUUAGCGCCACAUAUCCAAAAUGGUGGUACCAAACUGUUGGUGAAAGGAUUUAAUAUCCCAGAACAACAGGCGUCUGAUAAGAUGAAGGGCGUACUGACAGUCGCAGCCGGCGCGGUUGAAGGUUUUUCCGCCAUUUAUAGAGGUCUGGAGACGUCUGCAGCCGUUCUUGGAAACAGCCUUAAGGAGAAUACUGUCAAAAUUGUCGAACAUAAAUAUGGUUAUCCCGCAAGUACCCUAACAGGAGACACUUUAUCAACUAUGGGAAAUGUGUACAAUAUAGCCCACAACGCGAGAGUGAUUACCCCGAAAGGUCUAAUGAAAAGAACGGGAGCGGGAAUGAUUCACGGUUAUUCUAGCUCUUCCAGGGCUAGUACUUCUUACGAGGCCAGCAGCAGUACUAGCGAUAACAAAUAUAAAGUAACGCAAGAAAAGAUGGAGACUGAGAUCGAAUCCAACGAAAUUGAUGUAGGUGAAAAUAAGACUAAAAAGGGUUAAAUUUAAAAUCGCUGUAAUAAUUGAAACAAUAGAAAUUAUUGAGAUAUUCUUAUAAAACUUAUCAAAUAUUUAAAGGUUGCCGUCUACAUUUGGCUAGUGGGAUUUAUGUCAAAACUAUUUUUUUACUGUGAUAAAUGUUAUGGAGUCGAAUUGAACUGGGAUUAAGAUAAUCAUACAAAAUUGAUAUACAGUUCCACGUUAAUAAUCAAAAAAUAACAGAUGACAUUUUUUAUUUUUAUUGUAUUUUUAUGAACUUCGUAGUUUUUAGAUUGUAUUUUUAUAUCCAAAAAAAAAGUAUUCUUUAUUCGAAAGAGGAUUAUUUUUAUCAGUCCUCUUAUCGGUUUUGUUUUUAUUUGUUAAUAGAAGGGGACAGGUUAUUAUUUACAAUGUGAUAUCCCUUUAUGAUAUAAAAGUAUGUUUAAUAAAUUUAUUAUUGAAAUAAUGA